AUGGUGACUUCGCUCGCCCUCCUCUCGCCGCUCUCGGCCGCCUUUGUGGCCUCGCCGCUUCCGCUGGCACGCCACGCUGGCGGCCGCUCUCGCGUCUCCCUCUAUAUUGCCGAGGAGACCACCUCGUGGAUCGAGCUGCUCCAGGCGCCGGCAAAGGCCGAGGCGGUUUCAGUCUCAUUGACUGACACGACAGCUCUCGCGGCGGCGACCGUCGGUCUCCACUCCUCUGCGCGUCCGCCGAUUGCCGAGCGGCUCGCCGUGGCACUGCGCGAGAGCGAGCGUAUGCGCGCCUUUGAGUCGGCGGCGGCAAAGCUCGCGCUCUCCCGGGUGGUGGCCGAGAGGGACGCCCUUGAGACUGCGCUUCGGCACGGCUCGUCUUCCUACCGCGGUCUCCCCUUCCUCCACAGCCUCCGCCUCUGCCUCGCCCACGGCCGCACCGCCGCCCGCGCGGCCUGCGAGGACGCCGGCUGGGCGGUGUGGUGGGCGCGCGAGAGUGCAAAGAAGGCGCUCGGCCGCCUGCGCUACCGUGCGGCGCUGCUGCGGCUGCGGACCGCACUCGCGGCGGGGCGGUGGAUCACGCGCCUCCGCACGCCCACCGCCGUCGGCCUCCCUUCCGCCGAGCCGCCCGAGCCGCCCGAAUCCGCCGUCGCCGCCGCGGCCCUUGCUGCCCCCGGUGCAGCUUUGGUCGGUGUUGUGGUGCCAACUGGGACCAGCGCAGGUGGCGCCAGUGCCGGCGGCGCCAGCGCCGGUGCCAAUGCGGACGCCGGCGCCGGGUACGCCGCUUGGGCCGGAGAGUGGGCCCGGGCCCACAGUGACGCAUCCGCUGCGGUUGCGGGGCCGGCGGUUGCAGCUUCUCCUGCCGUGGCACAGCGCCGCGUUGUGGUGCUCCCGAAGUACUCGCUUUGA